AUGGCGUCGUUCACCUCUACUGCAACUUCCAGUACAUGGCCAGGACGAAUGUGUGCCUGUGGAUAUAGCCCGUGUAUUGUUAGGAUUUCCAGGUCCACCAAGAAUCCAGGGCGUUCCUACUUUGUAUGUCCCCGCCCUGUGCCUUGUGUCAGUUGGAUUGGUUGGUGUGAAGAACGAAGCCAUGAGAACCAAGGCUAUGCGUCAGCCGGAGAUGAAAUUGCCAUGCAAUUGCGGGCUGAUGUCAUAGACAUUCAACAAUCCUUGCGUGUGCUUAAGACCAUUGUGUAUGCGCUCUGCAUUGUCGUUUUGAUUGCAAAUGAGAUUAGUAAAGGAAAUCGGCCAUUCUUAGUCCUCAGCCAGGCAGGGUACAAGUCGUUGUCAAGGAAAUUUCAGAGAAAAACAGGAAAAAAACAUGGACUUAAACAGUUGAAGAAUAAGUACAUGAGCUUGAAGAAAGAGUGGCAAGCGUGGCUGAAGUUGAUGGAUUCAAGCAAGGGAGUGUCCGGGAUAGGCUUUGACUAUGACACCGGUUUGUUUCAGGCACCUGACGAGUGGUGGGACAAGAUGGAAUCAAUCAACAAGGUGUGUGCGAAGUUCAGGAAGAAAACGUUGGAACACCGUGACUUGCUGGAGACGGUUUUCAUGGGGGCAGCAGCUACUGGGAAGCACCAUUGGACCCCGGGAGAGAACAUUCCUGAAGCUGCUACGGACUCAUCUGAUUCAGUGCGUAGUUUGGGAGCCCAGCCAUUUGCUGAUCCGAUACCCACAGGAGUACAGGACGUGGAUUCUGAUUCUUCACUGGAGCAUGUGUCGAUUGAAAAGGCAAAACGGAGAAAGACGCCAUCAACAAGUGUUUCAAAGUCGAAGAAGGCAACAAGUGGUGCGUCUAUUAUUGCGGAGAGCAUGAACAGAAUGACAGAUGUGGUCCGUUCGAAGAAUCAGCAGGUCACGGUCAGGCACCUGACAGGCAACGAAGCACUGUACACUAUUUCCGAGUGCAUGCAUAAACUGAGCAGUAUUCCGUCCCUGAUUGGUACACCGUUAUUCCACUUCGCCUCCACACUUAUGGAUAACGUUGAUUACCGGGAGGUCAUGAUGUGCCAGCCUGAUGACGACCAAAUGAUUGGAUGGCUUACACAGAAGCAGCUCCAGUGUACUGCGUCGGGGCCAUUUACAAACCUAUUUGGGGGUCGCCGGAUGUGA